UUGUAAUAUCAGAAUUAAUUAAAUAGUUGUUAAAUAGUAAGUAAAAGUAUUUAAACCUAGAAGAGAUACUUAAGUAGAAGGAGAUGCUAGAUAUAAAUACUACAUGGAUGAUUCCGGACAGUGAGUGCUGGAUUUAAGUAGGAGAAGAAGAUGCAUAAACAUAAACAAUGUUUGUGAAAGCUAAAAUAAAAUAAAAACCCAGUCUUUCAAACAUUAAUAAGAAUAAUGUUUAACAAUGUUUUGCUGACAUAAAAGAUGUAGAAGAUAAUCGAUAUGCUAAUAUAACAAAAGUUAAAAUAAAUUCAGUUUAUUAAGUAAACUAAGAAGUACCUUAAGGUUAUAAUGAUAUGGUAGAAAUGGAUCACUUGAAUUAAGCAGAAAUUCUUAUUAAUUUAUAAAGAAGAUACGAUUAAGAUUUAAUAUUUACAUUUAUAGGUCCUACACUUGUAGUGAUGAAUCCUUACAAGUUAAUUCCAAAGCAUUUUUCAAAUGAAACUCGUAAUAUUUUUUCAUAAUAAGCAAAACACCAAGGCUACAUCGAUUAUAAAAAAAAUGAUCCACAUACUUAUGCUGUAGCUGCUUAAUCAUAUUGUAAGCUUUUUGAGUAAAAUAAAAAUCAAGCCAUAGUAAUAUCAGGUGAGUCAGGUGCAGGAAAGACUGAAAAUGCCAAAAUAUGCAUGUGUUUUCUUACAGGAUUAAGCGGAUAAGAUGCUGAAAGAAGACCUAGUAUAUAAAAUAGUACUUCUCCAGCUAAUAAAAAUAAAAAUAAUAUUGAAGAUAGAAUUUUGGGAUGCAACCCUAUAUUAGAGGCGUUUGGAAAUGCAAAAACUGUUAGAAAUGAUAACAGCUCUCGUUUUGGAAAAUUUGUAUCGAUUUAAGUAGGGAAAAAAUCAAGAAAAAUUAAAGGUGCUACAAUUUAGAACUAUUUACUAGAAAAGAGUCGUGUUACCACUCCUGGUCCUGGAGAGCGCGGUUACCACAUAUUUUAUCACUUACUCUACUGCGGAUAAAACUAACUUUUAGAAAAUUUAUAAUUGGUAGGUUAAUAUUCAAAACCACAAAAUCUAAAUUACUUAAAAGUUAGUAAUUGUUAUGAAGUAUCAACUAUAAAUGACAAUGCUCUGUUUAAAGAAGUUGUUGAGGCCUUUCAUACUAUGGGUAUUAAUUAAGAAGAAUAGGAUACUAUUUUUAGGAUUAUAAGUUCAAUCCUAUUGUUGGGUAAUGUCUAAUUUGACUAAUCCACUUUAACUGACACACAACCAUGUACUGUUAAGGAUGAAAAGCUUCUCAAAACAAUUUCAGAUCUGUUAAAGCUGGAUUUUUCAUCUCUCUUGAGAACAAUUAACACUGUUACAAGAAAAAUAGGAUCCUCUGUAAUAUAUUCACCCAAAAAAAUAGAUGAAGUAAUUUCCUCAAGGGAUUCUAUUGCUCGUAAUAUGUAUGAUAGAAUGUUUUCGUGGAUAGUUACUCGUUUGAAUAAUUCAAUUAAUAUAAAAGGAGAAAAUGGCAAAGAAAAUGAAAAUGAAGCUUAACUCUGCAUAGGUUUACUUGAUAUUUUUGGCUUCGAGGUAUUCGAAGAAAACUCUUUUGAGUAAUUCUGUAUUAAUUAUACCAACGAAAAACUAUAAUAAUUGUACAUACAAUACGUAUUUAAAUCUGAAGAAUAGGAAUUUAUUAUUGAAGGACUAGAAAAAUACAUAAAUUAACUAGGGUACAAAGAUAAUUAAAAUAUCAUUGAAGUACUUGAUAAUCAUCCUAUUGGUAUAUUUUAGCUUAUCGAUGAGUCGUCAGCUCUCGCACAGUCUGAUGAUAAAAAGCUAUAUGAAAGCAUCUAUAGAAUAAAUAAUGGAAAACCUGAAGUGAAGUUUGUAAAUAAAGGAAAUAAAAAAAUUUUUUAGAUUGUCCACACAGCAAAACCUGUAGAUUAUUCAAUAGAAGGAUUUAGAGAUAAAAAUAAAGCUGAAAUAAGCUAAGAGCUUUAGUUGACUAUAGCUUAAAGUGAUGAUCCUAUAGUUUCCUCAAUAUUUUUAGGAAUUUAGGAUAUCAAAACUAGUAAGAAUGAUAAAAUUGCAGCCAUUAAUUAGUAGUAGUAUUAGACUAAAAGUACAAAGGAGAACAAAUUUUUAGGAAGUAAGUUUAGAGCCUAAAUGAAGUAGCUCAUGGAUGAAUUAAUCUAAUCAGACUGCCAUUUUAUAAGAUGUAUAAAACCAAAUGAGACAAAAAGAGCAAAUAAUUUGAUUCAAGGAUAUGUAUUGAUUCAAAUAAAAUAUUUAGGAGUUUUGUAAGCCAUUUUAGCUAGAAAAGAAGGAUUUCCUUAUAGAAAAGACUUCAAAGUACUAUUUUAGCAAUUUAGUGGCAUGAUUGAAAAGUAUAGAACUUUAAGCCUUUAAAAGAUUGAGAGCCAGAAUUUGGAUUUAAAAAAUAUAUCCCAAGAUAUCCUCUAAGAGCUUUUCAAGAAUAAUAAAGAUGUUUUAAAACAUGUUUUAGUUGGAAAAACAAAAAUAUUUGCAAAGGAUGAUUUUGGUAAAAUCUUAGAUGAGAUGCUGUUUAAAUGGUAUGAAUAGAAGAAAUCAUUAAUAUUCAAAAUAAUUAAACAAUUUUAAGUUUACUAAUUUAAAAAAAAUCUAAAAGCUAAUAUGAAAAUUCUAAUGAAAGCUAUCAAAACUUUUCAAAAAAUUUCUGCUGUAUUUAAAAUGAAAUGUCAAAGAAAGAGAUUUUUACAAGUUAAAAAAUCAACAGCAUUAAUUUAUAGCUUAAUGUGUAAGAACUUUAAAAAACAAUUUAUAAAAUAGUGGAAUAUUAAAACAAAAUAAAUUAUAGUCGCAUAAAAAUAGAAAGAAAGAGAAUAAGCUGAAUUAUUAGCAAAAUAAAAGCUGGAAGUAAAAUAAUAAUAAAAUGAGAUGAAUAAAGAUGAAAUAGAUCAAUAAAUUGAUUAAAAUUCUAUUUUAUGUAACACAAUAGAUAGAAAAGAUAACUACAAUACAAAUUUAUCAUAAGAGUAUGCUACUAUAAGUAAUUACAAUACAUUUAAUGCUGUCAACAAUAACUAGAAUAAUAUAGAAAUGAAGCAAAACUAUAAAGAUUUGUAAGAAAAUUACUUAUCAUCAAAAGGAGAAGCUGACAUGAAUGAGAAGAUGAAAUAAGAAUUUGAAUAAAUUUAGUAAAAGAACAAGGAAAUUCUUUAAGAUGCCCAAUUAGAAGAUGGACUGCCUUAAAAAAUAAAGUUGAAAUCAAAGGUCGAAUCAUUUUUAAAUUUAGAUAAUCCUAAUAUGAUCCGCCCAGGUCCUAAUGAAAAGAGCAAAGAUUGCUUAAUUGAUUUCAAUGAAUGCAAUCAAGAAAUGAUCUAAAAAAUUGAAUAAAGUAAUUAUUUUGAAAUAAUUAGUACUAUUGUGGUUAUUAGAAAAUAUAAUUCUACUGAUCAAAAUCCAUUACAAAAAAUGCUUUCUUAUUAAAAGAGGCAAUUAAAAAAACCUCUCACAAGUAUCGAUAAGCAUUAUGAACCUAUAGCAACGAAAGCUUUUUCUUAUAUGUUAAAAUAUGCUGGAGAUAAACCUUGCGAAGAAAUUCAUCCCAGAAUCAUUGCUUGGAAGCUUGCUCAACUAAUUCUUGAUUAGGAUGUACAAGAAGUUACUGAUGAAAUAUUCUUGUAGGUUAUAAAAUAGCUAACUAAUAAUUCAGAAGAAAACAUAGAGUAAUAUUUUAAAAUUGCAGCUUUGAUAGCUAGUUGCGUUGUUUUAUCUUGUCGCAUAGUAUUUCCAUCAAUGAAUUUUUUCUUGGAAUAAGCAAGGCAUUAUGAAAAAAGUGGUAAAGAGAAAUUGAUGGAAUGGUGCAAAUUUAUAUUGUCCAGGAUCGGAAAUAGCUAUAACUUUGAUGAAAAUAUGUAAUUUCCAUGCUAUAUAUUUAAAAGAGAAGAGAUGCCAUUAAAAGAAGAGUUUAUUGCCUUAGAGAAUAUGUUUUCUAUUCAAAUUCCAAUUCACUUUUAUGGAGACCGCUAAAAAUACUUUAAGGUAGAAUCAUAUACCAAAAUUUGUAACAUGGUGAGCCAAAUUGGCUUAGAUUUAGAAAUUCUUUAUGAUAAAAACAGUUAUGGAUUAGUCGAAUACAUAACUGUUGAUGCAGUUACUAAAGUUUAAAUUUUAGAUUUUGGAAUGAGAAUACUUGAUUGGAAAGCCAAGAGGUAUCGUGAUAGAUAACAAUAUUUACAAAAAAAUCCAGGUAAGACUUUUGAAAUAAAACUAUAUUACCAAUGUAUCAUUUUUCACAGCCCAAAAUCUUAAAAUAUUGACACUAAUCUUAUGACAUAUCUAACAUAUGUAAACGAGUAUUUGCAUGGAUUGUAUUUCUUUGAUUUUAACACAAACAAAGAUUAAAUAUAAAAUAAAUUAAUUGACUACCCAAAAGAAAUUACAGAAAUUGAUUUUAUUGUUGAGAUGUCUGCAGCUAAGGUGCUAGCUGAUUAUAAAAUCUAUAAAAAGGAAAAUAUUAUCUUACAAAAUUGCAUCCCAAAUUCAAAAAUUAUUUUCAUAAGACAUGAAGUGUGGAAGGUCAAAAUCGAAGAUUAAAUAUGUAAGUUAUAACAAAUUAUAAAAACUUAAAGACAAGCAAGGACUUAUUUCUUGAAUAGGAUGAAAGAGUACUAAGGGAAGUACUACUUUUCUUAAAAAUUUUUCUGUAAAUUUAGUUAGCACCCAAACUUUUUAGAAUAAAAGGAAGCUAUUUGCUUGACUAAAUUAGGCUAUGUGUACAUUAUUGAAUAGCAAACAUACAAGUAAUUGUUAGAAAUUUCUUAUAGAGAUAUAAAAGAUUUUAGCAUUAAUUUUUAUUCCUAAUCACUUGUUUUGUAUACAGAAUAAAAUAUUUAUCAAAUAUUUUCUUAGUAUGCUUUGAAUAUAUACUACAACAUUAAAUCGUAUUGCUAAACUCUUGAAGAAUUAGAUAAUGAUAAUAUCUAAGAAGAUAGAAAUUGCUUUUAAACUAAUGAAAAUUUGCUAAAUAAUUCAAAUGAAAAAACUGUUUAUGAUUCGAAAAAUUCUAAUCAAGAUCAAAAAUCAGAUAAUUCAUAAGUACCAAUAAAUAUGAUUGAUAAAGUUAACGAUGAUACUAUUGUAAUCGAAAUGCAAUAAUACUCAUCUAAUGAUUGUAAAAAAUAAUAAUCACAAAAGACUUAAAAAAAUGUGAGAAAUGGAAAUUUAAUCACUCCUGUUAAAAAUUAAAGCACAUACUAAAAUGAACCUUAAAUACCAAAUUAUUCAGCUAAUAUUAAUAGAGGAAGUGAAGAAUAUUUUGAUAACUCUCCUAACUCAUAAUAUUCAAGUGGCCAAAAUAAAUUAAUUAAUAACAUUUAAAAGAAUGAUUAAAAAUUAUUUUAAGAAUCAAAGAUAAAUCUAAAUAAAUAGUUACAAGAAGCUUAAAAUGACACAAGUAAUAUAGACCAAACUAACAGGUCAUGCAAUUUAUAUGAAAAUCUGCUAUGAAAUAAUUAAUUAAAAUUUUAAAUAAAUGAAUUAAUUUAAUUAAAAAUUACUUUAAUAUCAUUUGAUUAGAUUAUUUUUCAUAAAUGAAUGAUGGAUGGAUCACUUUUUAAUUAAAUUAUUAAUUAUAUUUUAUAAAAAUUAAUUCAUUCAUAUUUAUUUACAAAAAUAAUUAAUAUAUUAUAAUUCAAAUUAACAAUUUAUACUUCAAAUAAAAUAAAUACCAUAAUGUUAAUUAACAAA